CUCCUCUCCCCACGCUCUCUGGCCGCGCUGCUCUUCUCCCCACCUCAUCCUCCUUCUUCACGUGGUGUUUUCUCAACAUCAUGGCGGCGGGUUUCAAGACUGCAGAGCCGUUGGAGUACCACAGGAGCUUCUUGAAAGAAAACUGCCGGCCCGAUGGCAGAGAAUUAGGAGAGUUCAGACCCACAACACUAAAUAUUGGUUCUAUUAGCACAGCUGAUGGUUCAGCGCUGGUGAAAAUUGGAAACACCACGGUCAUCUGUGGCAUUAAAGCAGAAUUAGCAGCGCCCUCUGCUGACGCUCCUGAUAAAGGAUAUAUUGUUCCGAAUGUAGACCUGCCUCCAUUGUGCUCGUCCAGAUUCCGGCCUGGACCGCCGGGAGAGCAGGCGCAGGCGGCCAGCCAGUUCAUUGCUGAUGUCAUCGAUGGCUCUCAAAUAAUAAAGAAAGAAGACUUGUGCAUUGAGAGGUCAAAGCUGUGCUGGGUCCUCUACUGCGAUAUCAUGUGUUUGGACUAUGAUGGGAAUUUACUGGAUGCGUGUGUGGUGACCUUACUGGCAGCUUUAAGGAACACCCAACUUCCCACAGUCACAAUCAACAAAGAGACAGAUUUAGCAGAGGUUGAUAUCCAGCAAAAGAGGCACCUACAGAUCAACAAGCACCCUGUUGCCUCUUCGUUUGCUGUAUUUGAUGAUACGGUGAUUAUAGUGGACCCGACAGCAGAGGAGGAGAGCCUGGCUACGGCGAUAAUAACUGCAGUCACAGAUGAGGACGAUCAGCUAUGUGCUUUCCACAAACCAGGAGGCAGUUCCUUAUCGGCAGAGAAGCUUCAGGACUGCAUAACCCGUGCCGUGACGCGGCACCGAGAGAUCGGCAAACUCAUCGACAAAGUCACAGAGAGCACCAAGGCAUCGAAAUGAACACAAGAAGACGUCUUUUAUCUAAAAGUUGUAUUUUUCACUGUCAAUAUAUAUUUCUUUUUUUUAUCACAAUAAAACUGCUG